AUGUUUGAUAUUAGAGAGUCGUCUGUGUUAUAUUCCUUAAAUGCAUCACGAAUUUUAACCAGACGAUCACAGGUAAUGACACAAACGGGGCACGACAUCGGAAACGUGUGUGGUACCACUGGAGACACUGAUGAAGACAAUGAAGAGGGUGGAAACAUUGUAGUUGCAAGGUUAACAACCUCUUGUGAAGGUAAAAUUAAAGAUGAUGCGUCUGAGGGGGCAGCAGCGAAAGAAGGCACAGAGGAAGCAGCAGCGGACGAAGGCUCGGAGAAGACAAUAGCGGAUGAAAGUGCAGAGGAAGCGGCAGCGGACGAAAACGCAGAGGAGUUAGCGGGCGAAGGCACAAAGGAGACAGCGGAUGUAGGUACAGAG